AGAAGCCCGUCAGACAGACGGAUACAAAGUAGCACAAGCUGUCUGUUAAUAAACAGCGGGGAUACUGGAGCAAAGAGGGCCGGCAGACGUCCCGGGCUGGGGGGGACGAAGGCAACUGAGACCCGUUACAGACCCCUGACUACCACCCACAGAACCGUGCCGAAGGAAGGAAAAACAGCCCUGCAUUUUUUUAUUAGAUUGCAACCUCAGCGAGAAAAAAGAGAAGGGGCAGCUGAACCGAUCGUUGAGCCGUUUCCUCGUAGAUUUCCACAUUUAAAUGUUAAACUUCAUGGGUCUAAUAAACGGUACAGCGGCCAUCCAGACCAAUGUAUCCUGUACAUGUAACUGCAAACGCUCCACUUCAUUCCAGAGUAUGGAGAUCACCCAGCUGGAGUUUGUGCAGAUCCUGCUGAUCGUGGUGGUGAUGAUGGUGAUGGUGGUGGUGAUCACAUGCCUGCUCAACCACUACCGGCUGUCAGCCCGCUCCCUAGCCUCCCGACACAGCCAGGCUCGCAGACAGCGCCUCCCGCAGGCCUCUGAUGGGAGUCUGUGGUCCUCAGAUGGCCCUGGGCCCAGUGGGAUGAAUGAGCAGCAGGUGUACACCCCCAGACCGCCGGACCGAACGCCUGGCUACCUGCAGCGGGAACGCCUGCCCCGUUUCCAACCCACCUACCCCUACCUGCCCCACUCCAUCAUCGACCUGCCCCCCACCAUCUCGCUGUCGGACGGGGAGGAGCCCCCUCCCUACCAGGGCCCCUGCACCCUGCAGCUACGGGACCCCGAGCAGCAGCUGGAGCUGAACCGAGAGUCGGUUCGGGCCCCGCCAAACCGCACCGUGUUCGACAGCCAUCUGAUUGACACCAGCGCCUCAGCCUGCCUGCGGGGGGCGCCGCCGGCCUACAGCGAGGUCGUCGGGCACUACUACCACCCCUCCCUGCCCCCCCGGGGCCCUCCGCAGCUCCUGCACGGGGUCCUGCAACACCACCACCUGCCACAGGGGGCGCCAGAGAGUCGGCAAGGGCGGGGGAAGGAGAAGCGACCGCAACAGGUUUGACGUCACCAGAAACUGCCAAGCUUCCCCCCCCCUUCGCACUUCCACAGAACUCGUCAGGGUAAGGAGGGGGAGGGGAUUGAACAGCCACGCCCCCUUUCCAAGCCCGAAACUCCGCCCUCAAAAACAAACUUUCUAUAAAUAUUUACAUGUUAUUCGUUCGUCUUUAGUGCUCCCAGCUUUGUUUUUCUACACUGACCGAAUCUGAAACGAAUGCAGAAUAUUGUUCCUUUUCUUUCUCCCCAUGUUUACUGUUCUGUUCCUGUGCUUGGGGACGUCCUGUAGGUCCUCUUCCACUUCCUGCCUGUGCUUGAUUUGAAACGCUCAAAAGUUUUUAGAAUUAACAGCUCCUCCUUUUUUAAGUGCAGAUGCUUAUUUUGUGCUUCGAGCGGGGUUAGGCACAGGAUGUCUCUACUCCUCCUGUUCUCUUCACCUGGCAGAGCACGCCUGCACACAACUCCCCCCACCCUCCCCACCCCAAAAAAAACCAUCCAUCAGCCUGUGUCGGCCAUUUUGGAAUCUACUGAGUAGAAUGCUCUACCGUGAUCUUCAGUGCUCCUUAGUAUCGCUUCCUUGGCCAGAAGUAGGGGGGUAUCAGCUGUCAGGAGUGUGCCUUAACCCCCCCGUCCCCCUCUGUAUGCUGGCUUUUAUUGUAUCCGAUUUCACAAUCAGUUAAGCCUGUUGGUUAAGUUUUACUAUUAUUUUUCCCUCAAAUAUAUAUUUUUUACUCACUUUUGACAGAUUCCUUUCCCCUCCUCUAUUUCCCAAAUGAUUUAGUCCCAGUGACCAGCUCUCCACACCCUCAGCACAUAGCUGACUUCACCUGUCAUUUCACCAAAUUGAGAAAUGUAGCCUCUUUCUAAAGGACUCAUUUGCCAUAAAGCACACGCACAGAAAAUAAAAGCCUUAGUUCAUCUGACUAAAAGGUCCAGGGAUGAGAAUAUGAGACAUUCAUUUUUCAUACACCGCUAUUUCUGACACAAUGUGGCCUUAAGGGUAAAUCAUCCCUCAGUAGAUUUUAGUGUCGAAUUAAGAACAAUUAACAGCUUGUUAUAGUUCAGGAGUUACAGUUAAGAUUGGAAGGAAAGCCAGCACACAUCGGGGAAAGGAGAGGCCCAAUACUAGUAUCCUCCUUUCCACCUUGUCUCCUAUCCAGAAGUAUUGGGGGUAGGAGACAAGUGGAGGAAAGGAGGAUACAUUUUUAACAGUAUUGGGAAGCACCCCAGGACUUACGUAGCUCUGACAGGCACAGCUGCGUGUGCUCUGAUUGGGUGGUCGGGAUCAGGCGGAGUGGAACCCUUUUGCUGAACGUUCCGUUUCAAUGUAUUUUAGUUACCUUCACUUCUGAGAAAUAUUUGCACAAUUUUUUUUGGAAAAAGACUGUUUAUUUGGAGAAAGAAAUAAUCUGCAAUAUGUAUGAUAAGAGAUGAUUUGCCAGGGCAGGGGUAUUUUUGUAAAAGAAAGGAUUAUAAAAAAGGAAAAUGUUUUGUUCUUGUUGUUUAGAAAAAAGAAAUGGCAGUUUGUUGGGGUGCCAACUCAAAUGUGUUUGACAUUGUCAUACGUUAUGCAUUUGUAUGUAUAUGUAUAUAUGUGUAUACAUGCAUGUAUGUAUACAUAUAUAUAACUUAAAAUCAAACAAAAAAAGAUUUUAGAGUUAUUUAUAUAAAUGUUGAAAAGAAUUGCACUAUUUUUUAAUAUAAAAUGAUGGCAGGCCAAGGCUUGCAAACAGUUUUAAGAAAAGAAGAGAAAACCUCUGUGUGCAUGUGUGACCUUGAGCGAGAGAAACUUCUAGAAAACUCCAGAUGAAGGCUCCCCUCCACAGAGGGUCCAGAGGGCGCGGUCGGCAUGGCACCGCGGCGAGAGCAUCGCCUAGCAACCUGCAGCAGCAGGCUUGACACCUCUCCUUCCUAACUGACCCAUUUCUGAGACCCGUGUCCAGCUAACACAACAUGUCCUCAUGACAUUACUGCCAUGUCGAGCCAGUGUUAUAACUCGCAGCUGAACUAGCAGUCCAGUGUUAUAACUCGCAGCUGAACUCGCCGUCCAGCACGUGUUUAUACGUGCUGUGUCCACCUUGUGAGUGCAGCGGUUUUUACCUGCUGGCUUUGUGAGUCUCAGAAAUGUGACCAGUUGGCAAGGGGAACUCGUGCACCUGAAUUAAUAUCAGAUUUUUGCACUCUGAAUGUCUCCGGAGACCACUAGUAUUUGGCUUCAUUGCUAAACAGUCUGUCCCGUUGUCAGCUGUCAGAGCACAAACAUUUUGAACCUUUGGUGUGUAUGUGUGGGCAUGUGCUUUGACAUACCCAAGUCUUCUCCCUCUGACUGAGACAUUUAGGGUCUAAAAAUGAAGGAAGUCUCACCCCUGCCCAUCGGAGGCGUUGCCCAGGCAACAGGGGAGGGACUGGGCACGUUGCUCCUCCUGCUGUGGUGGUCGAGGCGUCCUCUGGACCACAGUAAAACAGGCAUCUCUUAGCACUUUAAUGAAGAAGAGAGACACAAUCUUCCUCAGUCAGCCUUGGUCUCGCUUUUAGAAUUAUGCAACUGCUUCCUCUGGGGUUAGAAACUGCAGGCCCAGGGCUGGGGGCGGGGUCAGAGCGGUGUGUGGGGCGGGCUUAGAGGGAUUGUGGGUGUGGUCAGACCCCAGGUGGGCGGAGUCAGUGGAAACCUGCAGGACUGCAGACUGUCUCACUCUCUCUUCCCUGCUCCUACGUACAGCUGCAUAAAAUCAAAAUUAAAUAUGAAAUGGCGAUUAAAUAAAUAUUAAAUACUUGAAUCUGCAGCAGGCCUCUAUCCCGCAGCAAGCAACCGUGUUACUGCCGUGUCUCUAACCCACAACCGUAGCGAACAGACUGGCCUGCAGUUCCACUGAUGGAAGUGCAGUGGCCUCAAGGGGAAGCUCGGGUAGGAUCGCUGGCUCUGGCCGGCACUUUGCUUCAGGGAAACCAGCGCUGACUGAAACCAUGGCAACUGGGGAGAGUGACGCUCAAGGACCAGGCUGACCAAUCAUUAGUGGCCUAACCGAACUGUAGCCCACAGUUCUGCAUGUAUGCCCCCUCCAUUUUAUAAGUUUCUGUGACAUUCAACGAAUCGAUGCUGCUGAAAAGCUGCAUAAAAUGUAAAACCCUUUAGACCAGAUGUAAGUGCCCCCUUUUGAACCAUAAGCAGUUGCAAACCUGCGGCCGCUUCUCUGUGUCAAACGUGCACGUGGGAAAUGUAGUUUUUAAUUAAACGUGCAGGCCGACACCACGGGCUAUCCCCAAUCCUCCCCGUGGCUCUCAUUUGGCUGAAACCCUUUCGGCAGCCCCCUCGGUCCUCACCUCCACCCCGCCCCAAAAAGACCUCUCCCAGUUCCAGGGAUGCCUGUCGUAUCUCCGGCCAGGCCCGUGCGCUGGCCUGCCUUGGCCUUCUGACCUCUGGAAACGUUCAGUAUUCAUCCUGGGCUGUUCCUCUCUCACACAGCCCAGAGAGAGAGAGAGAGAGAGAGAGAAAGAGAGAGUGAGAGGAUGCGUAGAUGACAGAGGUUUUUUUUAGCGGAGAGCGUUGCAAUAUACCUACUGUUUGCCUUUUGAUAAUGUAGUUAUUGUUUAACUUAGAAAAUUGUAAAAGUUGUUUUUUUUUGUUCUCUUUAAAAAAAAAAGGUCAUUUGUGCGAAUCCAUUAAAACAUGUGUAGUUAGAUGUAUAACUUGCAAACAAUGCAAAUGUGUAAUGAAACUGUAUUUUGUUUUGUUAAUGUUGUCUUUUUUAACUGGUUACCCUGUGGCUGAAGGUGUUUGGCACAAGGCAUCAGUCCUAACCCCAGCCCAACCCAUCCUGAGUCUGACCAAGCUGCAAGGAGAUGUGUGUGUGUGGGUGUGUGUGUUCCUGCGUGCGGGUGUGAGUAUGUGUGCCAUUAAUGUGUGUGCAUGUCUAUCCAUGCAUGCAUGUGUGUGUGUGUGUGCAUGUCUGUCCAUGCAUGCAUGUGUGUGUGUGUGUGUGUGUGUGUGUGUGUAUGUGUGUGUAUGUGUAUGUCUGUGUGUCUGUGUGUAUGAGUGUGUAUGUAUCUGUAGGUGUAUGAGUGUGUGUGUAUGUAUGCGUGUGUGUGUGUUUAUGUGUAUGUACGUGUGUGUGUGCGUGUGUGUGUGCGUAUGUGUGUGUGCUGUGGUUUCCCUGUCACUCUCCUCUUGCUUUGUUCUUGAUGUGUGCCUUUAAGGAUUCAGUGCUUCUGAAUUUUUCUGAUGUGUUUCUUGUGCAAUUUAUCUCUGGAUUCCGCUGCCUUGUCACUUGAAACCCCCCUGUUAAAUGACAAUACCAAAAAAAAUCAUGUAUGGAUUUCCGAUCAAUCUUUUUUUCCAGCUCAAUCUGUAGGCGUUGUUCCGGUUUAUUAAAGUUAACAUGGGGUGCUAAAAGCCAAAUGGUUCAAAUGGACCGGAGGGCUCACUGUCCCAGUCCUGACAAUGAAAAGCAAGCUUUGACCUCAGCAGUACGAAGGCUGUGUACAAUGAGAUUGGCAGGCAGAAGGACGGAUCCUACAGGCUAUAGCUGUUUCGGACACAGAAGCCCUGACCUAGCUGUACAGCCCCCGUUUCCGUGUUAAAACAGGCAUUUCCAAAGAAGGAAUAAUCCUACUUCACCCUUUUGAGACUUUAAAAAAGGGUACGUAUAACUUGAACAUGUCUCUCCCUUUCUGUUUUUGUUGUUUUUGGUUUCUGUCGCAUUUGUUUGCUUUUGCCCUUAAAUCUGCUUGGCUGACUUAAUUUUUUUUUUUCUUUUUUUUUUUUU